UGUGGUCAGCCGGACGAGGAUGAGGUCUAUGAGAUCGUGAUGCAGCAAGCUUCUCGUGUCUACCGAGUUAGCGAGGAUCUCCUGGACCCCGUUAUGGAAUCUUGGGGAUUACCUCUAAGGCAUCAAUUAUUACGGAGCGAUGAGGCCUAUUUGUUUGAUUUGGGCUCAGAAAUAUACCUAUGGACGGGUCGACGGAUUUCUUCAGUACUUCGAACUGCCGGCAUCGAACUAGCCCAACAGGCCUAUAAAUCACCAUACAAUUAUUCCUCCCUUCAACUGAACCCCAUUACACCAAUGCUAGGUUAG